UUCCCAUUGAUUUCAAGGUCCACAAAACAAAGUUAAUAAAGUUAAUUACAAUAAAGUAAACGAAUGGGAGGAGAUAAAUUACUAAUUAUCUGUGCGACAAGGACGCAACAAUACGCACGUCUUGAACCAGAGAGAGAAGGCAGGUCCAACCAUUCCUUAAUUUAAUGGAAUCUAAUUAACUUGGCGUAGCUGUAUCGACAAAAUUGCAAUCAGUAACGCGUUGUCAACGCCGCAAGCACGAUGUGAGACUCAAAUUCACGAAAUCAAACCCCAAAAACCGCGGAAUUUCUGCGACAAUCUGUAUUCUCUUACGUUUUGUGCAAUUACGUUACCUAACCUCAAAAUUAGAAGGCUAUGGACCAAGCAAAAUUUAUUGGAGUUAUCAAGCAGUUUCCUCAAGUGUGGGAUCGAAACUGUGCCACCUUUAGGGAACAGAACCUCAAAAAUGAAGCAUGGCAACGUAUCGGCGAAGUCAUGGGUUGUCCAGCGGCGUCGGCAAAGGAUACGUUUAAAAGUUUAAGAGAAAAAUAUGUCAGAGAAAGGGAAAAGCAAUCCAUGUUUGGGGAAAAAUAUAUGCCUUGGCAACACUUGGAAACUUUAUCAUUUCUCGAUCCACACAUCAUCCUUCGGAAGCAGUCUCUCAAUUACGAGAGCGAGUCUUCAAAAACGCUAGAAGAUUGUAAAUUAAAUUUAUCCGAUGAUUCAUUUUUCGCGCAGGUAGCGGAAAAUUAUAGUGAUUUUGAUAAAACAUUGAUCACGUUGGUGAAAAAAGCCAGUCCGAUUUGGGAUCGGAAGAGCAAUGGUUAUCCUAGCAAACAGGUGAAGUUCCAGUUGUGGAAAGGUAUCGCUCAAGCUAUGAAUAAAGACGUUAAUGUGUGUAUGAUGCGGUGGAAAGGACUCAGAGAGAAAUACAUCCGACAAAAAAAUAAAUAUCAAGAAGGAGAUGGAAAGUGGGAAUUUUUAGAUGACAUGUCGUUCCUAGAUAAAGUGAUUCAAUACAGGCGGAAAAAUUUCGAUCCUGAGAUUAGUUACAGAUCGCUGAACCCCUUGCCGGAGCCAAGCUACCAAUUUAGAUAUAAUUCGUCGAAUGACAUUUAUGAUGACAAUUCUAUUCACGAUUCAUCUUCAAAUGACCUUAAUGUUUCUGUGAAGAGUGAAGAUUUAGGGUGCGACGAGGUACGGGAUAGUUGCUACGAUUCUGGUACAAGUAGUUCAGGCAGAAAAAGAUCUGCUAGUGAUGCUAAUAGUGAUACUUCUUUGGAAAAAAGGGAGAAAAUUGAAGAUGUGAUGCAGAAAAGUCCUGAAUCCAUGUUUGGGGAGUUGGUUGCUGCUAUGCUUGCUAAAAAGACUGAAAAAGACAAAAAUAUUGCAAUGAUAGAGAUUAUGAAAGUGUUAACCAAAUGAAGAGUUUUGUGGGAUUCCAAAUUGACUGGAGAAUUGCAGAGUUGCAUUAUUUAUUUUUUUCAAUUAAAUAAGUAUAAAUGCUAUUUUUUGCAAAGUAAUUGUUCAAGUAGAUUGUAGAUGUUUAUUUUUUACAUAAUAGUUAUAUUAUUUUUCUAGAAUUCAAAUUUUGUGUGAUACGAGUACGUUAAUAAUACCAGAAGGCGUGUAAUAAAAUUUGAAAAUGUU